GCCAAUCUCGAUCAAUUGAGCUACCAAUCUCAAACAUACAAGACGGGAUAGUAAACUUGGAAUUAAGUAACGAUAAGAAAAAAGCAGGUUAUCAUCUUGCCGAUUUUAAGGAGAAAACGAACGGAUUUUACGAAUUUAAAUUUAAAAAUGUUGUAUAUCGCUGUACUUCUGAUUGUUGCGGGAAUUAUAAGUGCGGCACCAAUCGCUGACCCACAAUGCAACACGAGCGGCUACCAAAUCAUCCCGAAGGCGGACUGCAAGGGCUAUUACCUGUGCGUGUUCGGGCGGCCAGUCGAGAUGCCCCCGUGCCCCGCGCGUUCCAAAUUCAGCGCGAGCGUUAACGUGUGUGUGCCCGAAGGCAGCGUUUUUGACGACUGCAAAAUGGAAGGCGGCUUGCCGGUGACGGACGGGUUACCAAUUAUUCCUGACGCUGGUCCGCUAUCUAUAGAGGAGCGUUGCAACAUGUUUGGCGGCAUAAUCGUCCAUCCCACGGAGUGCCAGGCGUACUAUAACUGCAGCGUGCGUUACCAGACCGUACCUCGGUUGCUGGAGCAACAUCUGGUCGAGUGUCCGUACCCCGAACUCUUCAACGCGGAGACCAAGCAGUGUGAACAUUUUGAAAACGUGAAGUGUGGAUCUAGACGAGAAUUUAAAGAUGCUUGCGACUACAGAAGGAACGGCUGCCCAUCAGCCCACUGUAUUCCUUGCAAUGUCCGGUUCGGCAACUGUGAGGGGAAACCCAACGGUCUUGCACCGCACGGGGCGAAACUGUGGAGUCCAUACUAUGUCGUCUGUUACAAAGAACGCGCCGUGGAGCACAACACGUGCAAAGCAGACGAUAGCGGACGGACGCAGUUAUUCCAUCCGGACAUGAAUCAAUGUGUUCCCCUGGACAUGAUCCCGCGAGAUCACGGAGGAAUGAUGCCCGAGUGCGAGACCAAGUUAGACGGCCUCUACCCGGAUGUGUCCGGUCGGUGUGACCGAUAUGUCAACUGCAAGGGCGGCAAGUACGCGGGCACUGUCAAAUGCACGGUCGGCGAGGUGUUUGACUUCACUCGUGCCGCUUGUUUGCCGGAACAUGAAGCCUGUGGGCCAUGCGGCAAGCUCGAAAACUGUGUUAAUCGGGCUAAGUUGGGCUACUGCCUGCUUGAAGCUCUCAAGGUCAGGCAGCAUUGCGACGAGGUGGGAUGGGAGGGAUAUGGCCACGAGACGGUGGUAGACUUUGUAGAAAAGGACGAGUUUGACAUCUAUGCGUCUGUUCUCAAGGUCCGCCUCGGAUGUCACUGUAAGAUAGAUGGCAGUGUCAUCAGCAAAGAGGCGAACUUGGGAUGUAACAAGGGAAGGGAGGUCAUUUAUGUAAAGGAGGAAGAGGAGAGGGCCAAGGACAGAUCCCUGAGGCACUCCAGAGGAAAUUUAAAAAUGUUGUAUAUCGCUGUACUUCUGAUUGUUGCGGGACAUAUAAGCGCGGCACCCAUCGCUGACCUGAAGUGCAACACGAGCGGCUACCAAAUCAUCCCAAAGGCGGACUGCAAGGGCUAUUACCUGUGCGUGUUCGGGCGGCCAGUCGAGAUGCCCCCGUGCCCCGCGCGUUCCAAAUUCAGCGCGAGCGUUAACGUGUGUGUGCCCGAAGGCAGCGUAUUUGACGACUGCAAAUCGGAAGGCGGCUUGCCGGUGACGGACGGGUUACCAAUCAUUCCUGACGCUGGUCCGCUAUCUAUAGAGGAGCGUUGCAACAUGUUUGGCGGCAUAAUCGCCCAUCCCACGGAAUGCCAGGCAUACUAUAACUGCAGCGUGCGCUACCAGGACGUACCUCGGUUGCUGGAGCAACAUCUGAUCGAGUGCUCAUACCCCGAACUCUUCAAUGCGGAGACCAAGCAGUGUGAACAUUUUGAAAACGUGAAGUGUGGAUCUAGACGAGAAUUUAAAGAUGCUUGUGACUACAGAAGGAACGGCUGCCCAGCCGCCCACUGUAUUCCUUGCAAUGUCCGGUUCGGCAACUGUGAGGGGAAACCCAACGGCCUUGCACCGCACGAGUCGAAACUGUGGAGUCCAUACUAUGUCGUCUGUUACAAAGAACGCGCCGUGGAGCACAACACGUGCAAAGCUGACGAGAGCGGGCGGACGCAGUUAUUCCAUCCGGACUUGAACCAAUGUGUUUCCCUGGACAUGAUCCCACAAGAUCACGGAGGAAUGAUGCCCGAGUGCGGAACCAAGUUAGACGGCCUCUACCCGGAUGGUUCCGGUCGGUGUGACCGAUAUGUCCACUGUAAGGGCGGAAAGUACGCGGGCACUGUCAAAUGCGCGGUCGGCGAGGUGUUUGACUCCACUCGUGCCGCUUGUAUGCCGGAACAUCAAGCCUGUGGGCCGUGCGGCAAGCAUGAAAACUGCUAAGAGCGUACAUCAAUAUUAGGUAUCGAGUGCGAACUUUUCCAGCGUUGAUGGCCAUCGCAGACCGAUUGAGUAUUGAACGAUUGUAUGUUCUUGCUGAGUUGAAUUUUGUUUGGUGGAAUAACACUUCGCGGAGUCUCACAGUUCUGGAACGAAUUCUUCACUUUUUUGUCCUUCAAGGACUCACUUACAUAUCUGUGAUAACAAUGUUUUGUUUGUUAAUAAAUGUUUUAUAUUUAUAUUUAAAUAUUUUAAUUGCAUCAUCUUUGAGAUAAUUUAUUAUUCGUUGUGCAUCAUAAAUAAUGUCACUAUUUGUUCGCUUGGUACUAGGUAGUGUGACUGUACAUGUAUAUAUUGUUUUGAAAGUAAUCGGCCAAAUUUGCUGCAAACUAUAUAUUUUUACAAAUCUAUGCUAUUUAUGUCUUAUAUCUCCUACUAUAUAAUUUGUAAUGCAUAUUAAAAAUAUAUUUCAGUAUCUAAUUAAGCAAAGCUUUUAAUGAAAUGUAUCCAUGUCAACGAUACAGAUACCUUUUUUAUUGGAGCUACAUUUUUGCAAAACUAAUAUUACAAUAAUCUAUUCAACAGACUUUGUUCUAUUAAUUUACGCAAAGCUUUGUCUCCAAACAAAACUUGUUUAUUGUGUACAUUUCUAAAUAUGGGAAAUCCUGUUAAAUGUGACGUUGAUUGAACGGGCAUUGACGCUGAGUGUGUGUAAAGCAGAACGUAAUCAUGACGUGAUUCUUUGCAUGAUUAAAUGUUCAUAUUUUUCAUCAUCGUGCUCAUCGUGAUUGCUUGUUGUUGAAAUCCAUGUUAUAUAUAAUAAUACAACGAAAUAAAAAUUGAUUGCAGCAUUGCA